AUGGCCGAGCCUACUCACUGGAGACUUCAGCUCAAUAAUCUCCUCCAGAUUUCCUGGGGUGUACACUCCCUGCGCUGGGAGCAGUCCCAGACCGGCUCUCAGCAUAGUUCCCCUUGGGUAGCUGUCGCUUUCAUUCAAAAUGUAGAGUGGGGUAGGGGCCAAGCGCACAGCCUCGGUGCGGCCAAAGAGGAGGCUGCCAGGGUUGCCUAUCGCGCUCUCUACAGGCACCUGUACCAUGUGGACCCUUGAGCGUUGUGCAACCACUGCCAAGUAAGCCAGCAAUUUC